UCCUUGAAGAAUGCGUUCCAGAAGCAGCAACACUGAGGGCUCAGCCCCAAAGCAAUUCCCAAGACGCAGCAAAUUCCCCAGUCUCCAGGAAGUGAGGCACAAAGUGUGGGACAAAGACCCUUCGAGAGAGACAGAUGGGGCCCUUCCACAUCCCACAUCAGAGAAGUCACACACUGGCAAAGGCCACCAAGCAGAAGACCUCUCAAGAGAUGACUUACUAUUUCUCCUCAGCAUUCUGGAGGGAGAAUUGCAGGCUCGAGAUGAAGUCAUAGGCAUUUUGAGGGCUGAAAGAAUGGACUUGGCUUUGCUGGAAGCUCAGUAUGGGUUUGUCACUCCAAAGAAGGUGUUGGAGGCUCUCCAGAGAGAUGCCUUCCAAGCAACGUCCGCCCCCUGGCAGGAGGACAUCUAUGAGAAACCAAUGAACGAGUUGGAUAAAGUCAUAGAAAAGCAUAAAGAAUCGCACAGACGAAUUUUGGAACAACUUUUAAUGGUAGAAAAAUCCCACAGGCAAACCAUAAUGGAGAUGGAGGAAGAAAAGAGAAAACAUAAAGAAUAUAUGGAAAAGAGUGAUGAAUUCAUAAACUUAUUGGAACAGGAAUGUGAAAGGUUAAAGAAGCUAAUUGAUCAGGAAACUGAGUCCCAGGAGAGGAAGGCACAAGAGAAGGAGAAGAGGAUCAAGGCCCUGAAGGAGGAGCUGACCAAGCUGAAGUCUUUUGCUUUGAUGGUGGUGGAUGAACAACAAAGGCUUACGGCCCAGCUUGCCCUUCAAAGACAGAAAAUCCAAGACCUGACCACAAGUGCCAAGGAAACACAUGGUAAACUAGCCCUUGCUGAAGCCAGAGCUCAGGAAGAAGAGCAGAAGGCAACCAGACUAGAAAAAGAACUACAAACACAGACCACAGCGUUUCACCAGAACCAAGAGAAAAUUAUGGCGAAGCUCACCAAUGAGGACAGUCAAAAUCGCCAACUCCGCCAAAAGCUGGCAGCACUCAGCCGGCAAAUUGAUGAGUUAGAAGAGACCAACAGGUCUUUAAGAAAAGCCGAGGAGGAGCUGCAAGAAAUAAAGGAAAAAAUCAACAAGGGAGAAUAUGGAAACACUGGAAUCAUGGAUGAAGUGGACGAGCUCAGGAAGCGUGUGCUGGAUAUGGAGGGGAAAGAUGAGGAGCUCAUAAAAAUGGAGGAGCAGUGCAGAGAUCUCAAUAAGAGGCUUGAGAAAGAGACAGCACAGAGUAAAGACUUCAAACUAGAGGUCGAAAAACUCAGUAAAAGGAUUACGGCUCUGGAAAAAAUAGAAGAUGCUUUAGACAAAAGCAAACAAGAAUGCUACUCUCUGAAAUGCAAUUUAGAAAAAGAAAAGAUGACCACAAAGCAGUUGGCUGAAGAAUUGGAGAGUUUAAACACUAGGAUCAAAGAGCUAGAAGCCAUUGAAAGUCGGCUAGAAAAGACAGAAUUCACUCUAAAGGAUGAUUUAACUAAACUAAAAACAUUAACUGUAAUGCUUGUAGAUGAACGCAAAACAAUGAGUGAAAAAUUAAAGCAAACUGAAGAAAAGUUACAAACCACUGCCUCCCAGCUCCAGGCAGAGCAAAAUAAAGUGACGACAGUGACUGAGAAGUUAAUUGAGGAAACUAAAAGGGCACUCAAGUCCAAAAGUGAUGCCGAAGAGAAGAUGUACAGUGUAACUAAGGAGCGAGAUGACCUCAGAAAUAAACUGAAAGCAGAAGAAGAGAAAGGACGUGAUCUGCUGUCCAAAGUUAAUAUACUGAAAAACAGGCUUCAGUCACUGGAAGCAAUUGAGAAAGAUUUUGUUAAAAACAAAUUAAAUCAAGACUCCAGUAAGUCCACAACAGCAUUACACCAAGAAAACAAUAAGAUUAAGGAGCUCUCUCAAGAAGUGGAAGAGCUGAGGCUGAAGCUAAAAGACAUGAAAGCCAUUGAAGAUGACCUCAUGAAAACAGAGGAUGAGUACGAGACCUUAGAACGGAGGUAUGCUACUGAGAGAGACAAGGCUCAAUUUCUUUCUGAAGAGCUGGAGCAUGUUCAGAUGGAACUUGCCAAGUACAAGUUAGCAGAAAAGACGGAGUCCAGCCAUGAGCAAUGGCUCUUCAAGAGGCUCCAAGAAGAAGAAGCGAAGUCAGGCCAUCUGUCAAGAGAAGUGGAUGCAUUAAAAGAGAAAAUUCAUGAGUACAUGGCAACAGAGGACCUCAUAUGUCACCUCCAGGGAGACCACUCCAUUCUGCAAAAGAAACUAAACCAACAAGAAAACAGGAACAGAGACUUGGGAAGAGAGAUUGAAAACCUUACUAAAGAGUUAGAAAGGUACCGGCAUUUUAGUAAGAGCCUCCGACCUAGUCUCAAUGGAAGAAGGAUCUCUGACCCUCAAGUGUUUUCUAAAGAAGUUCAAACAGAAGUAGUAGACAAUGAGCCACCAGACUACAAGAGCCUCAUUCCUCUAGAACGAGCAGUCAUCAAUGGUCAGUUAUAUGAGGAGAGUGGGGACCAAGAUGAGGACCCUAGUGAGGAAUCUGUGCUGUCCUUCAAAUGCAACCCAUCUACGUCCCUUCCUGUGAACAGGAAACUGUGGAUUCCUUGGAUGAAAUCCAGAGGCCACCCUCAGAAUGGAAAAAUACAAACUAAGUCCAAUGGCAACUUGGUGCAACCUGGAGAUCUAGUCCUAAGUCAUACACCUGGGCAGCCACUUCACAUAAAGGUUACUCCAGAUCAUGUCCAAAAUACAGCCACUCUUGAAAUCACAAGUCCAACUACAGAGAGUCCUCACUCUUACACCAGCACAGCGGUGAUACCAAACUGUGGCACCCCAAAGCAAAGGAUUACCAUUCUCCAAAAUGCCUCCAUAACACCAGUGAAGUCCAAAACCUCUACAGAAAGCCUUGUGAACUUAGAGCAAAGCAUGACCCCAGUUACCAUGGCAACCUUUGCCAGAGCACAGACCCCAGAGUCCUGUGGUUCUGUAACUCCAGAACGGACAAUGUCACCUAUUCAGGUUUUGGCUAUGGCCGGUUCAGCUAGUUCUCCUGAGCAGGGUCGCUCCCCAGAGCCGAUAGAAAUCAGUGCCAAGCAUGCAAUUUUCAGAGUCUCCCCGGACCGGCAGUCAUCAUGGCAGUUUCAGCGUUCAAACAGUAACAGUUCAAGUGUGAUAACUACUGAGGAUAAUAAAAUCCACAUUCACUUAGGAAGUCCUUACAUGCAAGCUGUCGCCAGCCCUGUGAGACCUGCCAGUCCUUCAGCACCACUGCAGGAUAACAGAACUCAAGGCUUACCUAAUGGGGCACUAAACAAAACAGCCAAUAAAGUCACCAGCAGUAUUACUAUUACACCAACAGCCACACCUCUUCCUCGACAAUCACAAAUUACAGUAAGUAAUAUAUAUAACUGACCACCCUCACCCUCAUCUAGUUCAUACUGAUAUUCUUGCAAGGAACUCAGUCCUUUUUUAAUCACCCUCCAAACCCCUAAAAGAAUGACUAAAGGUGUACUUUGGGAAGAUUUGUGCAUGGACUCUACAGGAGUAUCUGGAACUAACUAUGUGUGGCCUCAUAGUCAUCAAGUGUGCACUUACUGUGUAUCUUUUCAUUUACAUGCCUGUAUGGAAAAUAUUUAGUCUGCACUUGUAUAGAUACAUCUUUAUGUAUUUCAUUUUCCAUAACUCACUUUAAUUUGACUGCAA